CAACUGGAGGAAGCGAGCACUCCCUUCAUAGUCUUCAUAGAGCACUGGCUGUAGCAUCGAUCGGCGUCGGAGGCCGUACCAGCGGAGUUCGCCUGGGUAGACUCUCGCUCAGUUGGCCAACUCCCACUUGGUCGACAGUCCUUGCAGUCACAGGGAUGCUACCACACCGACGGACCAGGGCUUGGAGGUUCUGCCUCCCCCACGUGGCCCCGCUCCUAUUGUGUGUCAACCUGACAAUUGGAAUACUACCUGUGGACGCCAAAAACAUCAUCAAGAUUGGCUACGUUACUGGGUCCGAACCCCCGCAGAAACCGCUAGUACUGUACAAACGACCCGGCCAUUUAAUUUCGGGAGCUUUAACUUAUGCCAUUGAGGAAGUGAACAACGACUCGUCAAUUCUUCCUAACUAUACCCUGGAUUAUGUUAUCGCCGAGACACAUGGAGAGGAACAACAGAGUAUCAAGGAAACUGUGUUAUUACGGGAGAGGAAUAUCUCUGUGUAUCUGGGCCCACAGGAAACAUGUGUCCACGAGGGCAGAAUAGCGGCGGCAUUCAAUUUACCGAUGAUAUCUUACUUCUGUGCCCAGACAGAGGUGAGCAACAAGCAGCUAUACCCGACCUUCGCCAGGACGAAGCCGACAGAUUUCCAGAUCUCCAAGAGUCUGGUGUCCAUCCUGAAGCUGUUCAACUGGAAGAAGGUCACUUUCCUCCACAGUGACAAGACGUCCUAUGUGGACACGGCAGACACUAUAUGCAAGCUGCUGAAGGAGUACGACAUCAACGUUACUUUUCGCCGAGGCUACACCAGCCCCUACUUCCACCAACACACGGAGAACCCAUUCAUCAAGAUCGUUGCGGAGACAAAGACCGACACUAGAAUCUACGUGAUGCUCGGCCACUACUACGAGUUCAUGGGACUCAUGGACCACCUGUAUGAAGCCGGACUCCUCGACAGCGCAGAAUACUUCGUGGUGGGCGUGGAGGUCAACCAGUUCGAUCCCAUGAAGCCCCAGAAGUUCAUGGAAGGUUUGUUCGACACUAACGUGACAAGACGCAGUGCAGCAGCCUUCCGCCACUUCGUCAGCGUGGUCACCUCGCCCCCCAUCAUGCCCGACUUCUCCAACUUCAGCAGUGUCGUCAAUCACUAUCUGGAAGCCCCGCCCUUCAACUACACAAACCCCUACAAGGAACUUGGAGGGAUAAAAGCUAUUCUACCGGAAGCUGCGUAUCUUUACGACGCAGUGUGGUUGUAUGCACGUGCAACGCAAAAGGUGCUCGAAAAGGGGGGUGACAUCAACGAUGGGCGAGCCAUCAUUGAGCAGAUCAUGGGGAUGACCUACAAAAGUGCACUCGGCUACAUAAACCGUAUCAACUCCAUGGGAGAUGCAGAGGGCAACUUUUCCUUAAUUGCAAGGCAACCAAUACCCGACAGGCCCGAUGAGUGGGGCUUGUUGCCCGUUGGUGUGUUCCGUUUGAAUGACAACAUCUCCGAGCUGCCGACGUUUCAUUUCUACGAGGGCGAGAAGAUACACUGGAUCUCCGGAGAACCCCCCAGGGACGAGCCGGAGUGUGGGUACAGGCACGAGAAGUGUAUCCCUCCGAAAAUUGUAAGGGUGAAUGGAAAAGCCUACACGAAGGAGAUUCUGAGCGGCGUGGCCGGGGGCAUCCUGCUGGUGGGUUCCUUGGUCGGCUACCUCAUAUACCGUAACUGGUCCUAUGAACAAGAACUGGCCAGUCUGCUGUGGAAGAUCGACUUCAAGGAUCUACAGUUUGGGGACAACAUGUACCAGCCCCAUGGGGGUCAGCGGAGCAAGUGCAACCCCUUAUGUAAGAGCGGCAGUCAAAUAUCUCUGACGUCGCAGGCCGACUUCGACACUCGGCAGCUAUUUACGCACGUCGGCUCAUAUCGUGGCACCAUCGUCGCCAUUAGGAAGAUCAACAAAAAACACGUGGAGUUAACAAGGAAUAUACGGAAGGAAUUAAAAAUUAUUCGCGAGCUGCGGCACGACAACAUGAACCCCUUCAUCGGGGCCUGCAUUGACUCCCCCAACAUCCUCGUCAUCACGGCGUAUUGCGCCCGGGGGAGUUUACAAGACAUCCUGGAGAAUGACGACAUGCAGCUAGACGCCAUGUUAAUAGCCUCCCUCGCAUUUGAUGUUGUCAGGGGCAUGAUCUACCUGCACGACAGUGAGAUGAAGAGUCACGGCAAGCUCAAAUCGUCCAACUGUGUGGUUGACAGUCGCUGGGUGCUGAAGAUCACAGACUUCGGUCUGCACGAGUUUGUCUCUGGGGCUGAGGACGACAUGGGCGACUACGCCUUCUACAGGAAUCAGCUGUGGCGAGCCCCGGAACUUCUGCGGAACAAGCGCGCCCCCUGUCGGGGUUCGCAAGAAGGGGACGUAUACUCCUUUGCCAUUAUAAUGUUUGAAAUAUUCGGUCGGAAGGGACCCUUCGGGAACAUAGACUUGUCCCCUCAAGAAAUUAUCGAGAGGGUUAAGUUUAGUUACAGUGGUGUCCCCUUCCGGCCCCAUCUAUCCCAGCUGGGCCAGACCCACAAGUUCAUCACAGACCUCAUCAAGGAGUGCUGGGAUGAGGACCCCUUUAAACGCCCGGACUUCAAGGUCAUCAGGUCGAAACUCAAGCCCAUGCAGAAAGGGAUGAAAUCCAAUAUCUUCGACAACAUGCUUGCAAUUAUGGAGAAAUAUGCAGAUAAUUUGGAAGCACUUGUGGAGGAGAGGACUGACCAGCUUAUAGAAGAGAAGAAGAAGACUGAAGAGCUCCUGCACCAGAUGCUGCCCAGAAUUGUAGCCGACCAGCUGAUGAGGGGCAAGCAGGUGGAGGCGGAAGCCUUCGACAACGUCACCAUCUACUUCAGCGACAUCUGCGGCUUUACGCAACUAUCAUCUGAGAGCACACCGUUACAGGUGAUCGACCUCCUCAACGACCUGUACACGUUGUUUGACGCCACCAUCGAGUACUACGACGUUUACAAGGUGGAGACUAUCGGUGACGCUUACAUGGUGGUCAGUGGGCUCCCCAACAGGAACGACAGCCACGCCGGAGAGAUCGCCUCCAUGUCGCUCCAUCUUCUCGAGGCCAUCAAGAAGUUCCGCAUGAAGCACCGGCCAGACACCCUGAAGUUGCGGAUUGGCCUUCACUCCGGUCCCUGCGUGGCUGGGGUGGUGGGCCUGAAGAUGCCCCGCUACUGUCUAUUCGGGGACACUGUCAACACUGCGUCCAGAAUGGAGUCCAACGGGGAACCAUUGAAGAUUCACUGCUCGCGUCAAUGUGCAGAGCUCCUCCACAAAAUAGGUGGCUAUACAAUCGAAGACAGAGGCUUUAUCACACUGAAGGGCAAGGGCGAGAUGAGGACGUUCUGGUUGACGGGGGAGGAUGAGGAGAAGCGCCACCACCGGUUUAAGCAGCUCGCUCCUCUCGACACGACCCCAUUGUCGUCCGCGGGGUCCUACAGACGUCUGGUGGGAGUCCACUACAAGGAGCCAAACAGCCCCUUCCGGGAGCAGGGUUCCCCGGGGGCCCCAGAGAAGGCGACACUGCCCAAUGGCACCACUGUAAAUAAUCAGAUUCCCUCCUUUCUUCACCCACACGGACUUUUCUCGGGCCCCAGCAGUGCGGAGUUGCUGCGCAGGUCCUCGUCCAGGCGGCGGAGGCUCAAGUUUACUGUGGGUUCUGAAGAUGAGGAGAUGAAGGAAAAUCCAGCGGAGUACCAAAAGACGAAUGCAACAGUUGAAACAACACCUCUCAUAUUGAGGAAAACUGACACUGGAGAGGAAAAUAUGCUAUUUUCUAGAUGCACAAGUAGACUGUAGCAGUGGGGUGAUUUAUGGGGGAACUGUGUUGUGUAUUCCCGAAAACUAUAGGUAAAUUCUGUUGGUGUAUUCCUGAAAAAUGUGGGUGAAUUCCUGGAAACUGUGGGUGAACUGUGUUAGUGAAUUGCUGGCAACUAGGUGAACUGUGAUGGUGUAUUCCUGAAAGCUGGUUUAUUUAUUCCUGGGAACUGGUUGAACUGGUUGGUGUAUUCCUGGCAACUGGUUGAACUGGUUGGUAUAUUCCUGGGAACUGGUUGAUGUUUUCCUGGAAAUUGGUUGAACUGGUUGGUAUAUUCCUGGAAACUGGUUGAACUGGUUGGUAUAUUCCUGGAAACUGGGGUGUAUUCCUGGAAACUUUUUGAACUGGUUGGUGUAUUCCUAGAAACUGGUUGGUGUAUUCCUGGGAACUGGCUGAACUGUUUGGUGUAUUCCUGGAAACUGGUUGGUGUAUUCCUGGGAACUGGUUGAACUGGUUGGUGUAUUCCAGGAAACUCGAGGUGUAUUCCUGCAAACUGGUUGGUGUAUUCCUAGGGACUGGUUGAACUGGUUGGUGUAUUCCAGGAAACUCGAGGUGUAUUCCUGAAAACUGGUUGAACUGUUUUGUGUUUUUCUUGGAAACUGGUUGAUGUAUUCCUGGGAACUAGCUGAACUGGUAAGGAUGAAGGAAAAUCAAGCGGAGUACCAAGAGACCAAUACAUUAGUUGAAACAACACCUCUUAUACUGAGGAAAACUGACGCUGGAGAGGAAAAUAUGCUAUUUUCUAGAUGCACAAGUAGACUGUAGCAGUGGGGUGAUUUAUGGGGGAACUGUGUUGUGUAUUCCCGGAAACUAUAGGUAAGUUCUGUUGGUGUAUUCCUGAAAAAUGUGGGUGAAUUCCUGGAAACUGUGGGUGAACUGUGUUAGUGAAUUGCUGGCAACUAGGGUAACUGUGAUGGUGUAUUCCUGGAAACUGGGUGGUGUGUUCUUGGGAACUAGUUGAACUGGUUGGUGUAUUCCUGGCAACUGGUUGAACUGGUUGGUAUAUUCCUCGAAACUGGGGGCGUAUUCCUGGAAACUGGUUGAACUGGUUGGUGUAUUCCAGGAAACUCGAGGUGUAUUCCUGGAAACUGGUUGAACUGUUAGGUGUUUUCCUUGAAACUGGUUGGUGUAUUCCUAGGAACUGGUUGAACUGGUUGGUGUAUUCCAGGAAACUCAGGGUGUAUUCUUGGGAACUGGUUGAAUCCGUUGGCAUAUUCCUGGAAACUGGCUGAACUGGUUCGUGUAUUCCUUGAAACUUGGGAUGAACUUUGUUGAUGUAUUCCUGAAAACUUUGGGUUAAUUCUGCCUUAUUUGAAAAGUCAACGCCUUGAUUGAGAAACCUGAGAUCUUGCAAGUGUUCCCCUGUGGUACCUGGUAUUUAUCGAGAUUUAAUUACCCAACGCACAGGAGCCAUUGGGUGUGUGGAUUAAUAUGUACGGCUGACAGAAAUGUGGAGAAAAGUCCUCAGGGAUGAAGUCUGGGUUGAGAACUCAGAGAUACAUUUAUCAUUGAUGAUGGAUACAGUCAUCAGUAAUUCAAUGCUCAAAAGGCGUCCUCGGUUUGGACAACUGUGAGAUAUGUGAAGAGCAUAAGGAGGUUUCACCAGUAGCUCCUCAUUAUAACCACUUUAGGCUUUUUGAGAAGCUGUGUUUGACCGGUGAAGACUUCAACACAGGAUGGUGGAAAUCAGUGUUUGACCUGUGAUAACUUCAAAACCGGAUGGUGGAAAUCAGUGUUUGACCUGUGAUAACUUCAAAACAGGAUGGUGGCAAUCAUUGUUUGACCUGUAAGGACUACAGUACAGGAUGGUAAAAAUCUGUGUUUGAUCUGUCAGGACUACAGUACAGGAUGGUAAAAAUCUGUUUUUUGAUCUGUGAGGACUACAACACAGGAUGGUGGAAAUAUGUGAUUGACCUGUGAAGAAAUGCAACACAAAGUAGUGGAAGUCUGUGGUGCCACAGGGGUUGCCUCACUGGGACUGUGUCAUGGUUGCCAUCACUAGGACUGUGAUAUGGUUCCCAUCAUAAGGGAAAGUAUCAUGGUUGCAAUCACCAGGAAAGUGCCAUGGUUGUUAUAUGGUUGCCGUCACUAGGACAGUGACGGCUGCCAUCAGUACGACUGUCAUGGUUGCCAUCACUAGGACAGAGGUGGUUGCCAUGACUAGGACUGUGUCAUGGUUGCCAUGACUAGGACUGUGUCAUGGUUGCCAUGACUAGGACUGUGUCAUGGAUGCCAUGACUAGGACUGUUUCAUGGUUGCCAUGUCUAGGACUGUGUCAUGGUUGCCAUGACUAGGACUGUGUCCUAGUUGGCAUCACUAGUACUGUGUCGUGGUUCCCAUCACUAGGACUGUGUCAUGGUUGCCAUCACUAGGACUGUGUCAUGGUUGCCAUGACUAGGACUGUGUCGUGGUUGACAUCACUAGGACUGUGUCAUGGUUGUCAUCACGAGGACUGUGCCAUGGUUGCCAUCACUAGGACUGUGUCAUGGUUGCCAUCACUAGGACUGUGUCAUGGUUGCCAUGACUAGGACUGUGUCGUUGCCAUGACUAGGACUGUGUCGUGGUUGACAUCGCUAGGACUGUGUCAUGGUUGCCAUGACUAGGACUGUGUCAUGGUUGUCAUCACGAGGACUGUGUCAUACGGUUGCCAUCACUAGGACGGUGAUACGGUUGCCGUCACUAGGACUGUGUAGAGGUUGCCAUGACUAGGACUGUGUCAUAUGGUUGUCAUCACUGGAACUAUGUCAUACGGUUGCCAUGACUAGGAUUGUUUCAUGGUUGCCGUCACUAGGACUGUCAUGGUUGUCAUCACUGGGACUGUCAUGGUUGCCAUCACUAGGACGGUGAUACGGUUGCCGUCACUAGGGCUGUGUCAUACGGUUGUCACCACUAGGACUGUGUCAUACGGUUGUCAUCACUAGGACUGUUUCAUGGUUGCCGUCACUAAGACUGCCAUGGUUGCCAUCACUAGGAAUGUGAUGCGGAUGCCAUUGGGAUGAAUGCAUGUGGUAACAGUCACUAGUGGUGUGCGUACAUGGAAGGGCGGGAACAAUAUCCGUAUCUUCGAUCUGUACAAAUGGAUAUCGUUGUUGCGAUAUAAUCACAAUUAAUCUGUAUAUACGGAACCAUAUAAGCGCUCUAUUCACCUUUUAAGUGUAUAUAUGAAGCGUACUAGCGCUGUAUUUACAUUAUAUUGUAUAUACCUAUUGACGUAUUUAAGCGAUAUAUUACAACAUUGUGUAUAAAAGCGAGUUUGUGCCAUCUGUGCCGGAUCUCUGCUGGCGCCCAACACACGAAUCUGUGAUUGACAUGUUAAUAUCCUCGUCCUUCAAUUCGUGUAUUUUUAUUUUGAAAUGAAAGAAACCGCCGUCAUAUAGCUGGAAUAUUGCUGAGUGUGGCGUUAAACAACAAACAAACAAAUAAAUGUAAGGACAAGCAGCAAGUAGGGUAGGCUGUUAUGUUUCAGGUUUUCCCAAACUUUAACCGUCGCCUCUGCCUGUGGUUAUUCUAAAGAUUAAUUUUCCGUGGACUUUCCUGUCGUUCCAUUUUCUUCCAAAUGGCGUCAGGCAAUGUCGUUACAAGUUAGUUCAAAGAGCAAUGUCACGAGAUAAAAGAAACACAAUCUUUCUCAAAAUGUAUUAUUGCAUUGGCCAUUAAACCUUUUCUACGUUG